GCGGAGCCGCGGCUGCAUGCGGCGGAGCGGCAGAGCAGUGAGCGCGCUGCUGAGAGCCGGGCCGCCGCACGAGAACCCACAGAACCCAGAGAACAUAGAACCCCUCAGGGCUGCACGUUCUCCAGCUGCUCUACUGCCACCCUCACUGCUCUCACGCGUUCUGUCUGUUCUUUGCGGGGAUGUGUGAGAGGCGGUCAGCGGGCUAAUGCUAAUGCUAGCCUAGCCUAGCUCACCUAGCUAGCAGCAGCGGGACAAAGAGCCGCUGAGCCGUGCGGGUCCAUGCCGCCACCAUGCCCGUGCUACUGUUCCUCAUAGACACGUCGGCCUCCAUGAACCAGCGCACUCACCUGGGCCCCACCUACCUGGACGUGGCGAAGGGCGCCGUGGAGACGUUCAUGAAGCUCCGCGGCAGAGACCCGGCCAGCAGAGGGGACCGCUACAUGCUGGUCAGCUACGAGGACCUGCCGCAAGGGAUCAAGGCCGGGUGGAAGGAGAGCCAUGCCACGUUCAUGACGGAGCUGAGGAACCUGCAGGCGACCGGGCUCACCGCCAUCGGCACCUCGCUGAGGACGGCAUUCGAUUUGCUCAACCUCAAUAGAUUAGUGACGGGGAUAGACAACUAUGGACAGGGAAGGAACCCCUUUUUCCUGGAACCCGCCAUCAUAAUUGCCAUCACCGACGGCAACAAGUUGACCAGCGGCGGUGGAGUCCAAGACGAGCUCCACCUUCCUCUCACCACACCGCUGCCCGGUAGCGAGCUGACCAAGGAGCCGUUCCGCUGGGACCAACGUCUGUUCGCUCUGGUGCUGCGCAUCGCUGGAAACGCCUCAGUGGAGCCCGAACCCCUCGGCGGCGUCCCGCCAGACGAUUCUCCCAUCACCCCCAUGUGUGAGGUCACUGGAGGACGUUCCUACAGCGUGUUCUCUCAGCGGAUGUUGAAUCAGUGUCUGGAGUCUCUGGUGCAGAAGAUCCAGAGUGGAGUGGUGAUCAACUUUGAGAAGACCGGACCGGAUCCUCCUCCUUUAGAGGACGCUCCAGCUGAGGCGCUGAAGUCCGGUCCACAGACGUGGCAUUGCUGUCACAAGCUGAUCUACGUCCGACCCAACCCUAAAACCGGGGUCCCCAUCGGUCACUGGCCGAUCCCCGAGGCCUUCUGGCCGGACCAGAACUCCCCCACGCUGCCCCCCCGCUCAGCACACCCCCACGUUCGGUUCUCCUGUCUGGACGCGGAGCCAAUGGUCAUCGAUAAGGUUCCCUUCGACAAAUACGAGCUGGAGCCGUCGCCUCUCACGCAGUACAUCCUGGAGAGGAAGAGCCCACACACCUGCUGGCAGGUGUUUGUGUGCAACAGUGCCAAGUACAGCGACCUGGGCCAACCAUUCGGCUACCUGAAGGCCAGCACGGCUCUGAACUGUGUCAACCUGUUUGUGAUGCCCUACAACUACCCCGUUCUCCUGCCGCUGCUGGACGACUUGAUCAAAGUGCACAAGUUCAAGCCGACCAUCAAAUGGCGUCAGUCCUUUGAGAACUACCUGAAGACCAUGCCUCCGUAUUACAUCGGGUCCCUGAGGAAGGCUCUGAGGAUCAUGGGAGCACCCAAUCUGCUCGCCGACAACAUGGAGUACGGCCUGAGCUACAGCGUGGUGUCCUACCUGAAGAAGCUCAGCCAACAGUCAAAAAUGGAGUACGACCGUCUGAUCGCUUUGAUCGGUAAGAAGCAGCCGCCGGAGGCCGGCAUCAAGGUGCGAUGGCGAGGAGGAGGAGGCGUGUCUCUGGCCCAGAGGAGGGACUUCAUCCAGCGGCUGCAGAGUCUCUCUGGAGACGCUCCCACUCCGCCCAUGGAGCUCAACCCCAAAGAGUUCCAGGGCUUCCAGCUGGCUCUGCUCAACAAGGGUCUGAAGCCUCAGAGCUUCAGGAAUCCAUACGAUCCCCGAAGCCACCUACUGGAUCAGCUGAGCCGGAUGAGGAGGAACCUGCUGAACACCAGCGUCUGUACUCUCAGAGGGCACGACUCACCGACGCUCCACAGCGUGCCAAUAGCCCAGAUGGGAAACUACCAGGAUUUCCUGAAAGCUGCUCCUCAGCCUCUACGAGACGCCGACCCGGAGCAGCCCAAACGCCUGCACACGUUCGGGAACCCCUUCAAGCUCGACAAGAAGGGCAUGAUGAUCGACGAGGCGGAUGAGUUUGUGACGGGCCCUCAGAACAAAGGGAAGAGACCCGGAGACAGCAGCAACAUGACGGGUGGAGGACCCAAGAGACGGCGCUGCAUGUCUCCUCUGCUGCGUCUGGGUCGAGCCUACACCCCUCCAGUGACUCCGCCCGCCAGCCCCCGAUCCACAGACAUGGACCUGACUGACGGAGCACCCGAACCAGACCUGAUCGUGAACCACCUGGACCAGAACCACUACGGCUCAGACGGGGGCUCGGACUCGGAGGCGGAGCUUACCUCGCUGUCGGCCGACCACCAGGAGAACCACGCCGACCCCGAGGACCUCCGGCGCAGCGGCGAGGAGGAGGAGGAGGAAGAGGAGGUUGGGGAGGAAGAGGGGGGUGGGGAGGAAGAGGAGAACGGGCAACUGCAGGCUGGAGAGCUAGAGGCGCCCGACAGCGAGGAAGGGGCGGAGUUUUUGCUGCUGGACGAGCAGCCGCCUCGCUACCUGUCGCCUACGGCUCUGAAGAAACACAUUCACAUGGAGACGACGAAGGUCAACAACGAGCUGAGGACGCUCAUCAACAAGGAGAUCAGGAAGCCCGGCAGACACUACGAAAAGAUCUUCCUCCUCCUGAAGCAGAUCCAGGGCACUCUGGAAACCCGACUCAUCUUCCUCCAGAACGUCAUCAAAGAGGCAGCCAGGUUCAAGAAGCGCGUUCUCAUCGAGCAGCUGGAGAACUUCCUAGAGGAGAUCCACAACAGAUCCCUGAACAUGAACCACGUGGACUCUCUCUGAGACCGGAUCACCUAAGAAACUGGACUCACUGCUCAUGGACUUCCUGUCCCCCCACAACCCCCCCAACGGAGACACGCGGCGUUACUGAUGGUGGUGUUGGUUUGCACCCAGUUUAAAGGAGACAGUGUUGACCAGGAGGAGGAGGUCUGUGGACUCGUUCCUCUCGACUCUACUCCGCUUCAAUGUCCUUAAAAAGAUGAGUGUGUUGAACGUGGAGGCGGAGUCAUUGAGGAGGCGGAGUCAGGUGGUGUGUUUGGUAUCUCAGGGUCAAACACAUGAAGCUCUGAGGUUCAUGUUGGUGUCCUUCCUGUCUCUACACUCCACUAACUGAAGCGCUCCGGAGCUCCUGAAGGAGUUCAGCUCGUGUUUAAAUCUGACGGACUGAAGAUCAACGAGAUGGAGUCGUAACUUUAAUAACUAUAAUAAAUGUUUUUUCUGAGAGAUGAACUUUAGAUCUUUGGUUUAGACAAACAGCUCAGGAACUCACAGCUUCACACUCAGCAAUAACAUUCUGAUUUACCUUCAUUUCAUCCUCAAACAGUCCAUCAACCCGACGUCUCGACGGGUCUUAAUGUGUCCCAUCGUGUCCCGACGGGUCCUACAGUGUCCCAACGGUCCCACAGUGUCCCGACUGGUUCUAUUGGUGUCCCGACGCGUCCCAACAUGUUCCAAUGUGUCCCAAAAUCUUGUCCCAACGUGUCCUGCCAUGUCUCUGCAGGUCCAGAUGAAUUUUGACGUGUCCCAACAGGUCCCAUCGGGUCCCUUUAGAUCCCGACGCCUCUCUUUAGGUCCCGACUUGUCCCAACAUGUCCCAUCGAGCUGCCAAAUCCCCUCCACCCCCCCGCCGUGAAUCUCAACCCGACGUCUCGUAGCGUUGAAAGCACUUGUGUACAUUUGAGAAUGUUUAUUUAAUGUAAUUUAAAAGAAGCUUUUUUUCUGUCGGUCUUGUUAAAUCUUCUCAAAUCUACACAAACGGUCUGAAAGAAGGUGAAGAGCGUGUUUGUGAUUCAGCCUCUUCUGGGUCGGGGACCAAAAACCUGCCAUACUUUGUCUUUGUGUGUGAAGAGGCGGCUACCAAAAGAGUAUUUUGAAUACACUGUAAAGAUGUAAAUAACCCUAGAGAACUUAUUUAAAGAGAAUGUUCAGAGGAAAACGGCCUUUUUGUAAGUAUUUCCAUGAAUAAAGUUUCUAUUUUACACUGUGAAGGGCCGUGUAAAUAAAGUGUUGUGUAAAGACCAGACUCCGCGUUUCAUUAUAAUAUACUAGUAUAUA